AUGAGGUGGUCUGGCAGUAGAGCUGGACAUAUAAACAUCAUACAAUACUUUGCCCUGACGGAAGACGCCAAAGAUGACACCAAGGACGACUUCUACACUGCCCUCCCAGCAACGCUCAACAAGACACGGCAAGGUGACAUUAACAUCCUUAUGGGUGACUUUAAUGCGAAAGUAGGUCCCAACAACACCGGACUAAGAUCUGUCAUGGGCCUACAUGGAACUGGGACUCGCAAUGACAACCGAGAGAGAUUAGUGGAACUCUUCCAGCUAUUCCAACUGGUUAUCGGCCGCACAAUAAUCCCACACAAAGAUGUCCACAAAUACUCCUGGACAUCUCCUAGUGGUAACACGGGCAACUAG